GCCUCUGAGUGAGAAAAGGACGGGUGGGGGGUAGGGGGGGGCGGGAAUCGGUACCGUGAGGUGGGAGAGUUGCUGUCCGUCGCUGUGACGUCAGAGCCGUAAAUCCGGAGCGGAGAGGUGCCGGGAGUUGGAUCAAGUGGAUCAGGAGGUGUUUGUUCUGCAGAGUUCAGAGCCUCAGAACCGACUCAGCUCACAGAGGAACGGUUCUGGUACAAUUCAAGAGUUUAGGAGAAACCCGACCAACCAAGAUGGAGGACCACGCCUCAAAAACAGGAGACGCCCUGGAGACAGCAUGAGACAACCUUAAGUGAGGAUGGACAGCAGAGGAAACAUAUGUUCCUCUGCUGAGGCAGCCUGAUAUUCCAGAAUCUCAGACUGAAUCAUUCCUCAACGUGCAUUACAUUCUUGUUAAUACUUUGUUCUUCAUUGGAAGCUGCCUGUUUUAGAGUUGGCCCCAGUGAGGCUGCAGAGCUGAGGGGCAGAGAGGAAGGAGCAGAAGACCACAGACUGUUGGUGGGAGGAGACAGGAAGACUAACGGCCCCCAUGCAGGCACGCAAGAAAUAUGUUCUGUUGGGCUUGUGUGCAUGCUCCUGGCUGAUCUUGUUUUACGGUGGUGGAGGAGUUCAACUCCAGCUGAUGCGCCUGCUGACACGCCACCAAGCAGAUGUGCUGCACCACUGGCCCAACUGGACUGACCAGGCCUUCCUACCUCAAUAUGCCCACCUGGAAGAACUUCAGAUGUACCCGAGCAUGACUGAGUCGCCCUGGCAGCGACGCCAAGUGUGGCCAACAAUCUAUAAAGACAGCCGUUGCCGUAUGGACACUUGUUUUGACUUCUCUCGGUGUCAACGCCGAGGCAGGGAUGGAUUCAGGGUGUACAUAUAUCCUUUGGAGAAAAGUGACCGUGUGUCAGAGAGCUACAGAAAGAUCCUGACAUCAAUAGCAGAGUCUCGGUACUACACAUCUGACCCCCGAGAGGCAUGCCUGUUUGUGCUUGGCAUCGACACCUUGGAUCGAGACCAGCUGUCGGGACAGUUUGUGCCCCAUGUGGAUGAACGCAUUCUGAGUUACCCACUGUGGAACAAUGGAAGAAACCACUUAAUCUUCAACCUAUACUCGGGCACCUGGCCCAACUACACUGAUGAUCUGGGCUUUAAUAUUGGUCAGGCCAUUUUAGCCAAAGCCAGCCUGAACACAGAACAUUUCAGGCCUGGCUUCGAUGUAUCCAUUCCACUCUUUUCAAAGGACCACCCACAGAAGAGUGGGGAGCGGGGGUGGCUGCUGAGGACCACCACCCCUCCACGGAGGAAGUAUCUGCUGAUGUUCAAAGGGAAGCGUUACCUGACGGGCAUCGGCUCGGACACCAGGAAUGCUCUUCAUCACAUUCACAAUGGGAAGGACAUUGUCUCACUGACAACAUGCCGUCAUGGGAAGGACUGGGAGAAACACAAAGACGCUCGCUGUGACCAUGAUAAUCUGGAGUAUGAAAGGUUCGAUUACCAGGAGCUGCUCCAUAACUCCACCUUCUGUUUGGUUCCUCGAGGUCGACGCCUGGGCUCUUUUCGCUUCCUGGAGUCACUGCAGGCGGCGUGCAUCCCUGUACUGCUGAGUAACGGCUGGGAGCUGCCAUUUUCUGACGUCAUCCAGUGGAACCAAGCUGUCAUCGAGGGAGACGAGAGGUUACUGUUACAGGUGCCAUCCACGGUGAGAGCAGUACCAAACGAGCGGAUUCUGACCCUCAGACAAAGAACUCAGAUGUUGUGGGAUGCCUACUUUUCUUCUGUGGACCAGAUUGUCUUGACCACACUAGAGGUCUGCUCAAAGCACUGA